GAGCAGUGACAACCAUGACGAAUAAAGACUCUCUAGAUUCCGGCCGGAAGAAAAACGGCUCUGAAAUUUCAGGGUUGUGAGCUGCCAGUCUCACAGCGCCAACAUGAGUGACACGCUGAGCCCCAACAUCUCGGAUGGCAACACUGCCUUCCUGAGGGCGGCUCGCGCCGGUAACCUCGAGAAAGUCCUCGAACAUCUCAAAAACAACAUCGACAUCAAUACCUCCAACUCGAACGGUCUCAACGCCCUACACUUGGCCUCCAAAGACGGACACGUCGCUGUCGUCACUGAACUUCUGAAACGAGGUGCUUCAGUUGACGCCGCAACCAAGAAGGGCAAUACUGCGCUGCACAUUGCUUCACUUGCUGGUCAAGAGGAAGUUGUGAAACUGCUUGUAACAAAUGGUGCUGCAGUCAAUGUGCAGUCGCAGAAUGGAUUCACUCCGCUCUACAUGGCAGCUCAAGAAAAUCACGACAACGUCGUCCGGUAUCUGCUCGCUAAUGGCGCCAACCAGAGUUUGGCGACAGAGGAUGGGUUCACACCACUGGCUGUGGCAAUGCAACAGGGUCACGACAAGGUUGUUGCAGUAUUACUUGAAAAUGACACAAGAGGCAAAGUGCGUCUGCCUGCUUUGCACAUUGCUGCCAAAAAGGAUGACUGCAAAGCAGCAGCCUUGUUGCUACAGAAUGAUCAUAAUCCAGAUGUGACCUCAAAGAGUGGAUUCACUCCUCUCCACAUUGCAGCUCACUAUGGAAAUGAAAAUAUAGCAAAUCUUCUUCUCAGUAGAGGUGCUGAUGUUAAUUACUCUGCUAAGCACAACAUAACACCACUUCAUGUAGCAGCCAAAUGGGGCAAGACCAAUAUGGUAUCCUUACUUUUGGGGAAAGGUGCUAACAUUGAAUCAAAAACUCGAGAUGGACUGACACCACUGCACUGUGCUGCCCGUUCAGGCCAUGAACAGGUAGUUGACAUGAUGCUAGAGCGAGGGGCACCGAUAAGUUCAAAGACCAAGAAUGGACUGGCACCUUUGCACAUGGCAUCACAAGGAGACCAUGUUGAUGCAGCAAGAAUUCUCUUGUACCAUCGUGCACCAGUUGAUGAAGUGACUGUAGACUACCUUACUGCCCUGCAUGUUGCAGCUCACUGUGGUCACGUGCGAGUAGCUAAGCUACUACUGGAUCGCAAAGCUGACCCAAAUGCCAGAGCACUCAAUGGAUUCACUCCUCUCCACAUUGCUUGCAAGAAAAAUCGCAUAAAGGUGGUUGAGCUGCUCCUGAAACAUGGUGCAUCCAUUGAAGCAACAACUGAGUCAGGACUAACACCACUUCAUGUAGCAAGCUUCAUGGGUUGCAUGAAUAUUGUGAUCUACCUCUUGCAACAUGAUGCAAAUCCUGAUGUUCCAACAGUUCGUGGGGAGACACCCUUGCAUCUGGCAGCAAGAGCCAAUCAGACAGAUAUCAUCCGUAUUCUUUUAAGGAAUGGAGCACAAGUCGAUGCCCGGGCAAGAGAGCAACAGACACCUCUCCAUAUUGCAUCUCGUCUUGGAAAUGUGGAUAUUGUGAUGUUAUUACUGCAGCAUGGAGCAGCAGUUGACUCUACUACAAAGGACAUGUAUACAGCUCUGCACAUAGCUGGAAAGGAAGGGCAGGAAGAGGUUGCAUCUGUUUUAUUGGAACAUGGAGCAUCUCUCACAGCUACAACAAAGAAAGGCUUCACACCACUUCAUCUCGCUGCAAAAUAUGGGAACAUGAAAGUUGCAAAGCUUUUACUUCAGCGUGAUGCCCCUGUCGAUGCGCAGGGAAAGAAUGGUGUUACACCUUUGCAUGUGGCUAGUCACUAUGACCAUCAAAAUGUUGCCCUCUUGUUGCUCGACAAGGGAGCCUCUCCACAUGCCACAGCUAAGAAUGGCCACACACCUCUUCAUAUAGCAGCAAGGAAGAAUCAGAUGGAUAUUGCUACCACUUUGCUUGAGUAUGGUGCAAAAGCAAAUGCAGAAUCAAAAGCUGGAUUCACUCCUUUGCAUCUGAGCUCACAGGAGGGACAUACAGACAUGUCCACUCUGCUAAUAGAACAUCAGGCUGAUACCAACCAUAAGGCAAAGAAUGGUCUGGCGCCACUACAUUUGUGUGCACAGGAAGACAGGGUAAAUGUUGCAGCAAUUCUGUUAAAGAAUGGAGCAGAGGUUGACACAACAACAAAGGCGGGAUAUACACCACUUCAUGUAGCGAGCCACUUUGGUCAAAGCAACAUGGUUCGCUUCCUUCUACAGCACAAAGCAAAUGUGGCAGCUGUGACCAGUAUUGGUUACACACCAUUGCACCAAGCUGCACAACAGGGUCAUGCCCCAAUUGUAAAUAUAUUACUGGAUCAUAAGGCACCUCCAAACAUCCUCACUAGUCAAGGGCAAACAGCUCUUUCCAUUGCACAGAAGCUUGGAUAUAUCAGCGUUGUGGAGAGCUUAAAAGUUGUGACUGAGACUGUGAUACCUACUAAUGCUACAGCCAUGCUGACCGAAGAGAAAUAUCGAGUUGUUGCUCCAGAAACAAUGCAAGAAACAUUCAUGUCUGACUCUGAGGAUGAAGGAGGUGAAGAUACAAUGCUCAGUGACCAGCCUUACAGAUACCUGACAGUAGAUGAAAUGAAAAGCCUUGGAGAUGAUUCACUGCCAAUUGAUGUGACAAGGGAUGAAAGAAUCGAUUCCAAUAGAGAAUGUAUGGCUCCACCAACAGCAGUUGAUGAUACUAUCAGCCCACAACAUGCCAAAGAAACAUACACUCCAUUUGUAACAAAUUAUGCACCAGACAAUGUGGAUAUUAAUAGGCAUCCUGUUCAUGUUGGUUUCCUGGUAAGUUUCCUUGUGGAUGCAAGGGGAGGAGCAAUGCGUGGUUGCCGCCACAGUGGCGUGAGAGUCAUUGUUCCACCACGGCGGGCAGCAAUGCCAACACGUGUCACUUGCCGCUAUUUGAAGAGGGACAAAUUGACACAUCCACCACCUUUAAUGGAAGGAGAGGCAUUGGCAAGUCGAAUUCUAGAGCUGGGUCCAGUUGGUGCAAAAUUUUUAGGACCAGUGAUUAUUGAGGUACCACAUUUUGGUUCUUUGAGAGGAGUGGAACGUGAAAUAGUCAUACUUCGCUCAGAUAAUGGUGAGACAUGGAGAGAACACACUACAGAUGCCAGUGACGAGGCUAUUCAUGAAGCCAUCAAUGAGAGUUUUGAAGGAGAAGAAUUAAAUGCCCUGGAAGAUUCAAGUUCUGGACGAACAACUAGAAUACUGACAAAUGAUUUUCCUCAGUACUUCGCUGUGGUGUCUCGAAUAAGGCAAGAAGUUCAUGCAAUUGGACCUGAAGGUGGAAUGGUUUCCUCUUCUGUUGUACCACAGGUGCAAGCUGUAUUUCCACAAGGAGCACUUACAAAGAAGAUCAAAGUUGGACUUCAGGCACAGCCAAUUGCAGCUGAACUCACAGCGAAGCUUCUAGGCAAUAGGGUUGCUGUAUCACCAAUAGUAACAGUGGAACCUCGAAGGAGAAAGUUUCAUAAACCGAUUACCCUGACAAUCCCUGUUCCACAAGCAGCAAACAAGGGCAUGAUCAACCAGUAUUCAGGAGAUGCACCAACUCUGAGACUCCUGUGUAGUAUUACAGGAGGGACAACACGAGCCCAGUGGGAGGAUGUAACUGGGUCAACACCACUCACAUUUGUCAAUGACUGUGUGUCUUUCACAACAACAGUAUCUGCAAGAUUUUGGCUGAUGGAUUGUAGAAAUAUUGGUGAAGCCACAAAAAUGGCAACAGAGCUGUACAAGGAAGCAAUACACGUUCCUUUUAUGGCCAAAUUUGUUGUUUUCGCAAAACGUGUCGAUGUUCUCGAAGCCAGACUUAGGGUGUUUUGCAUGACUGAUGAUAAAGAAGACAAAACAUUAGAGCAUCAGGAGCAUUUUACUGAAGUUGCAAAGAGUAGAGAUGUUGAGGUGCUUGAAGGAAAACCACAGUACAUUGAAUUUGCAGGGAACUUGGUUCCUGUUACAAAGUCAGGUGACCAGUUACAACUUGGAUUCAGAGCAUUUAGAGAGAAUCGUCUUCCAUUUACUGUACGUGUCAAGGACCCACAUGCUGAUACAGUUGGCCGCAUACUUUUCAUGAGAGAGCCGAAGGUUGCAAAAGGUGAACCACCCCAGCAGCCAGUCUGCAUAUUAAAUAUUGUACUCCCUGAAACGAUAUUACCUGAAUCCGGACUGUCAGAACCAGAUCUUGUUUCCUUACAGAAGAAAUACAGCUUCCUCCGUGAUGGUGGUUUUGGUCGAAUUAAUGCUUUCCGACACAUGAAUUUACGUUUAUCAGAUAUUAGUAACUUGCUGGCGGAAGAUUGGGUGAUUCUGGCCAAUGAACUUGGAGUUUCUACAUCCGAUGUAAAUAUAAUAAAAACAGAAUUUCCCAGUAGUGUAGCUCAACAAGCAAUGGCAAUGUUGAGACUCUGGGUACAACAGUCAGGAAAUAAAGCAACAGCUAACACACUGGAGAAAGCACUGAGGAAAAUUGGCCGUGAUGAUAUCAUUCAACAGUGCAUUUUCAAUGUUGAUGAGAUGGAUGAAGCUGUUGAGAAAGUUCGGCAAGACCAAUCAGGAUUUGACCUCUUGAAAGAAGAGUUAGGACCAUCAAGAAAUGCAUCAUUACAUCGAGACACUGCAGUGGACAUUACAGCAUAUGAUGAACAAGAUUUAAUGAAGGAAUCAGAAUCUGUUGAAGAGCUUGUGCAAGCAGAGAAGAAGAAAUCACAUGAAGACUUUCAAAUACAAAAAACAGAUGUAAUACUAAAGGACUGGCCUCUGAAGGAGAGAGAUGAUGUUGAUGAAUCAGAAGAAAGGAAGUAUAUUGGUGAAGAAAAAGUUGUUGAAGAAGAAAGGCGAACAGUUGCUCAGCUGAAAGAAAUAUUUGCUCAAGAUAAGCGUGAUCGGCAGUAUGAAAGACAGCCAAUAAUUAUAUCAGACGAAGAGGCAAUGAAGAGGCACACAUCAGUAAUUACUGAAAGUGAUUCACCUAUACCUCCAUCAAAAACUGAAGAUGACACGUCACGGCUGUCAACCUCCACUUUUGAGGAUAGCACAAUGGAAGAUGAAAUGUCACAGAAGCAAGUGUCCUCUCCUGAACAGUUACCAGAGGAAGCCGUUCCUAUUAAAGUUACACUAAAAGAGGAUCAGAGACGAGAUUCUGAACUUUUUCAGGGUGUUAGUGAAGGGCUGGUCAGACUGGAUGAUUCCUACAAGGUGAUUCCAACUGGAGAAGAAAUCCUGUCACCAAAAGUUUCGAAAACCCCGCCCCCAAGUCCAGCUGAGUUCAAGGAGCAAACAGGAACAGCGAUAUGGCAGGAAGGUCCACUGUUAACAGCUGAACACCAGCCUCCUGCACAAGACAAAAGGGAUGUAUCUCAGGGAAAAAAGCAAGAGCAAGAUAAACCAGCAGAUUUGCCUUCUGGAGAACAGCAGCAGGAUCCUCUUCCUUCACAUGAAGUCACUGUGCGAGAUGAGCAGGAAGAUGAGUCUCUUGCCCAAUCAGGAACAUCCCAGGGAGAAUGCCCUAGCAGGGAAAUGCAAGAUGCGGGUGACAGAACAUCAACACCAACCAUCUCAUCAUCAGCACCAGAAGCUGAGAAGAAAGAUAUUACUGACGACAAAAGAACACAGUGAAAGUGAAGACUAUUACUGUGGAAAUAACAUUGAUCUCUAUCAUAAGUGGCAGAAAUGUGUGUCAGAUAAAAUGAAAAUGCACAGCAUUUUCCUGACAUCACUUAUAAUCUCACUUUAGACGAAACACAUAAAACAAUAAACUUCAUGCAUUUUUCAUAAUAAAAUUAUUAACUAUAUGGAACUGCUUCUGUGUAUUACUUCAUAUCUGUAUCUACACAGAGGACAUUAAACAACAACACUCUGUUCAUACAAUAAUUUUUAAUAUUUCUGUGUCCGAUUUACUGUUUGUGAUGUAACAGCUAGUGACAAUUAUUGUCACUGAACUGAGAGGCCCAGUGAAAAUACUAUGUAAAUGAAUAUAUUUUAGACACUAUCUUUGGUCAAAUGGUACUUUUUAUACCUAGAAGUUUCUCUCUGUCAAAUUCUUUGUUGUUGCAAUAUUCAUACAGAGAGUGCAUUAAUAUAAUUUCCUCUGUCUUUGUUGUUGGAACAUACAACCUCAUACUCAGAUUCAAACUGGAUACUAUGUUAAUAGUUUUGCAUAGUGUAUCUCAAAUCCUUUGAUGCUUCAAUGUGGUAAAGUGAAAAAACCAAAACAUGAAAAGGCAGUUUAUUCAUGUCACAAAAAACUUGAUAUUACCAGUUAUUCAUAUCAUGAAACAAUUGUUACUCUGACAAUUUUCUUCAUUUGUGAGAUUUCAAAUGAAUUAAGCAAAAAUGUAAUAUGGCCUGCCAAUUCAUAAUGCCAAUUCAUUGUGAGAUAAAAAUGAUUCUGAACCUGCAAAGUGCUUUACAAAGAAAGUGGAAGAACUUCUAUCAGUAUAAGGUUAUUGUCAUUGUGAAUAUGUUCUUAGACUUACGAGCACACCACUCACCUAAGCAGAAUGGAGGAAUGUGAAGUUAUACAAACGAUAUGUAAUAUUUGACUACAAAUAAUUCAAGUUCAGGUUUAGAACUGAAGAAAUUUGCACCAGUACAAGCUAUUACAGUACCAUAAUAUGUUCAUAAACAUAUGGUUUUGUAGUUGACAAAAUAUUAUGAGAUUGCUCAAGAAAGUUUGAACAACACUAUAAAAAAUAUAUAUAUAUAUAAAAAUAAAAUUCUGCAGACAUAAUUUUAAUGCUGCAUUCGUAUGUAAAAAUUACCAACUUUUCAGGACGCAAUUUUAUAUUUUAUGAAGCAAUAAAAUGCUUAAAUGUUUGCUCAGUGGGCUAAUGCGAAUGGAAAUAAAUCAUAAAUCAAGUACAGCUACUAACUAAAAUCUCUUUGUAGGCUGGUGGAAAUACUGCCAAGUACUGAACUAUUCCACUUGCUACAUUACUAAGGAAUUAUUUAUCAAUUUUGCCUUCAUAUUUGUUGUGCUGUAUCAGGCAUGCCUGGGAUAUGUUGAAAUUCUAUAAAUGUUGCAAUUACAAGUUAACAUUAAAUACAAUUAUUAAUGAAUGUGUUAACAAUGAGAUUAAAAUUUCAGUGUUAUCUCCUAGAAUAACUUCCAAACAAAAUUUUUCAUGUGUUUUAAAUUUGCUUGUGAUUACCCUGGAAAGUAACACGAUCCAUCUUGUCAGCUUCACAAUAUGUGACAUAAUUCUCAGUGGUGUGGAAAAUGGCAAAAUGUAAAAAAGAAGUUCUAUUGUGAUAUUAACUCAUUCAAUCAUCUCUGUUGUGCUAAUUUAUGUUAUUGUAUGGGUCAUGGUAACCUGCUUUAUUUCUUUAGGCAUAGAAAACACAGCAACAGUGGCUUUGGGACUCAUCACUGAACGUUCAUUGUCUUCUGAUGUAAACCUAUGAGUUGCAAGGGAAGCAUUUAUUCUGGAUGAUUUUAAUGGUGUCAACUGGUAUUAAUAUUUUUACCAUAAUCAUUGUAUACAUUUGCUUAAAUGGUAGUUUUUAGAAAACAGUUUAAAGUUAAGAAUGUCAACACAUUUCAGAACUCAUCCUGUUUGUUUCCCAUAUCCUAGCAUGUUGUAUGAAGGCUGCAUUGUGAAUUAUUUAAUAAUUCAUCAGAUAGCAGUUAAGAAGAAAAGAACUGUUGUUAUUUUUUAAAAGAAGAGUUUUCUUAGCUAAGAAAUCUAUGAUGGACUGUGCUUUGUUUUCCAGUGAUGCAUGUUAUUUCUACUAAUGAUGAAAUUGUACUGAAUGAACAGAAUGUGAUUACAGCUGAUGUUUUUAUUGGCUGAGAGUUUUGACAAAGAAAUAAAGCUUACAGAUAUAAUA